AUGGAGACCCAGGUUGGAAGGCUUGUCGAGAAGGCGUGGAAGAAGUAUGAGGAAACGCCAAAGGACAAGAGAUUAUUGAUCGGCGUUGCUGGUAUCCCCGGCUCAGGCAAAACAACCUUCUCACAAAUCAUCACCAAUCGAAUCAAUGCUCGCGCCUCCUCUUCAGAUCCCUCCUCUCCUCCUCCAGCAACAUUCGUUCCCAUGGACGGCUUCCAUCUCACCCGCGCCGCCCUCUCGGCCAUGCCAGACCCUGAUACAGCCCACUUCCGCCGCGGCGCAGCCUUUACCUUCGAUGCGCCCAAGUUCCUCACCCUUGUCCAAGCACUCUCCAAGAGACCAAUUCCAUCAGACCCAAUUCCUGCACCAUCCUUUGAUCAUGCGCUGAAGGAUCCCCGAGACGACGAUAUCGUCGUCAAGCCGGAGCAUCGUGUGGUUGUACUUGAGGGAAACUACCUUGCGCUAGAUCAAGAUAUCUGGCGAGAUGCGGCGAAGCUUCUGGAUGAGGUGUGGUUCGUUGAAGUGGACUUUGAGGUUGCGCGGAGGCGGCUUAGGGAGAGGCAUGUAAGAGCAGGGAUUGUGAAGGAUAUUGAAGAGGGGGAUAGAAGGGCCAUGGAGAAUGAUCUAGUUAAUGGUAAAGAGAUCAUUGACUUCAGGCUCAAAGUAGACGAGGUGAUCCAAAGUCGAGAAGAUGGAAGUUGGGUCCAUGAAUAG